CUCUGAGCUGUGCUUUCUGACAGUGUGCUGGAAAUCAGAUAUGAAUAAUGCAGAUAUUACACUCUGUAACGUGUUGGGACUUGAAAGGAGAUUAUCUGUGACAAAUACUGCCAUCGGUUUGCAUUGUGUCUCAUCAAAAGAGAAUAUUCCCAUGUGUCAGUCAGGGAUUGGGAAGUGCUGAGCAGGAAAACAGGCAGAUAAGAGGGAUGACUGGACAAAGUUUUGUUUUUGUAGAUAAAGUUCUGCAAGUUUAUAGUUUGAUUUAACUUAAAAGCAUUGAUCUAAACAAAAUGCUCCUUUUAACAUGACAUGUUUACCUAGUUUCCUCUUGUAAAAUGUUAAUUUGCAUGGGGGGCAGAGGCUACAGAGAGCGCAGGGUAAGGAAGAGAGGGGGUGACGUCACACGGAGCGCAAAGACCAACAGAGACAGAGCGACCCGCAGCCAGUCCACUCACUGCUUCCUUCAUCCCCCUGCUCUCUCUCUCACACACACUCUGAUCUGAACAACUCACCACGGAAGCAACAUCUGGAGGAGGAAAAUCCUGCGCAGCUUUUUCUUUUUUCCCCCCUUUUUUUCUAUUGCGCACCCGGAGAAAGUGCCGCUGUACCUGACCUCAACUCCAAGUUGAAUGAGAAGCGGAGGGAGCGAGUUGGCAGCGGAAUAACUCGCUUUGAGAACUUCUUCGCGCACUAGCUCGGAGGUGAAUGGACCUCCACCGCCCCUUUAAGAUGGACAGCCCGUCCUACCUGCCAGCUCCACUGGCAUCCCCGGCCCUGAUGGUCCUAGCCUCCACCGCCGAGGCAGGCCGAGAUGCCUCCGUCCCCUGCCAGGCUCCCAGACCCUUUGGGGUCCCUGCCUCGAUGGAAAAGGACCUCCACCUCCCCUUCCCCUCGGCCUCCUACACCUUCACCUCCAUGUAUCAGCGCCAGGCCCCCAUGUCGGGCACUUUUCCAUCCCGAGACUUCCCAGCCUCCCUGCUCCACCUCCACCCUCAGUUCACUCCACCAAACCUGGACUGCCCAACCCUGGGCAUGCUUAACCACAGCGGUGUGGGCGCCUUCAGGCCUUUUGCUUCCCCGCAAGAAGAGAGGGAAUCCGGGGGUUACCAGUCAGCUUUCACCCCCGCGAAGAGGCUGAAGAGCUGCUUUCUGGAUCUAGAGGGGAAGGAGUUUGACUUUGGCUCCUUGAAAGCCGGGGAGGAGACGGGGAGAAAGUUGUUCUCCAUGUCCGGCCUGCUGUCUGAUGGAGAGGCUUCGUCGAGUCCAGAGGAGCGCAAAGAGCACAGUAAAGUGAAGGUUCUGUACGACACUCAGGCCCCUGUGUGUCCGGUUUGCCAGGCUGUCCUACGACCUGGAGAGCUGCAGGACCACAUGGAGCAGGAGUUAUCUAAACUCGCCCAACUACACAUCAGUCCAGUUCAACAGGACCUCAUCAUGAGGACGCCGAAGUCUUUAUCACUCUCCCUGCACAUCAAACGAGAAGGAGGCUCUCCCACCUCGUCUCCUCGACCACCUGAGGAACCUCACUCAGACCGAUACCAGACGUUUCUCCGAGUGCGAGCCAACAGACACACCAGGCUAAACGUCGAUGACCUCUGCUGGUGCAGGUGCUACGUCAAAUCCGCCCCAUUGCGCCCACACAGCGCAGGAGCCCACCUAGAGUACACACAAGCUGUCAGGGUCGGAAAACUGAAGAGGAGAAAACCAGAAGAUCUGCAGGAGGGAUCAGCAGACCUGGUGCCACUAGAGGAUGAGUGGAAUGAGAGAAGACGGUUACCAAUGACAUCUGUAGGAUUCAAAGGUGUACCGUUGGUGAGUACCACUUGUAAAGAGAGUCGGGACAGCGAUGCAGACCUGGAUGUUGAUGGAGACGACACCUUGGAGUACGGCAAAGCUCAAUACACGGAGAUGGACGUGAUCCCCUGUUCAGCAGAAAGCUCCAAAGAGUCAACAGUGAACAGCUUGCUUCCUGAUUCGAGACUGAACCCCAACUUCUCCAAAUGGUCAAAUGAAGGUUACUUGGGGAGCCCGUCUACGAGCGGCGGGGAGAAACAGGAUGGCGGUCUCACCAUUCUCCAAAAAACCUGCAAAAACUCCGAGAUCGAGACGUUUUCAGGGGAUUCCACACCAAACACGCUGGAUGCUCUGAAAACCCGGAUACGAGACCUGGAGAAGCAGCUGUCAAAGGGAGACAGGUUUAAAUGCCUCAUCUGCAUGGACACCUACACCACCCCGCUCACCUCCAUCCAGUGCUGGCAUGUUCACUGUGAGGAGUGUUGGCUGCGGACGCUGGGAGCAAAGAAGUUGUGUCCACAGUGUAACACCAUCACCUCACCUGGAGACCUGAGGCGAGUGUACCUGUAACUCUACCGCACCCUCAAGGAGAGGGAGUUCAGAUUCAGCCAAUCAGAGGUGGACUUGUGGGCAGCUGGCCUGUUUACCCACUCCCACCUUCAGAUCUCCCUGUCAGCACACUCCUAACACCUCCUAACCUCUGUGGGGCAGAGAGCGUGACCUUUGACCUGAAGACAAUACAGCUGCAGCAUCAACUGGAUCAUUAAAAAAAAUCACCGGUUGAACUCUCAGGCACUAAAAAGACAACAGAAGAAUUCCUUUUGGAUCGAUAUUUAUCAAUUUUUUAAAACUCCUUCUGUUUGUUUCUAUGAGGAUAAAAACUGUUGAGCUGAACUGCGAAGCACAUGUACAAAGUUUUGUGUUUGUUUGGAGUGACGUGUGUGUAGGUGACGUUGACUAGCACAACAACCUGACUGUAUUUACUGUACAAACUUUGUCUCUGCUUACAUCAUCUCUGAUUGGUUUAGCUGUUUUAUGUUGGAAACGUCUCUGUCAGCCACAUUCUGUCCUCAUCAUGGAAGCAUUUCUUUGUAUCUCUUUAUUAAAUCAACUUUUUAUUAAUAUUACUACAAUAAAAUGUGUGUCUAAGGAGUA